AUGAAGUGGUCCACGCUCAUCCCCUCUGUCCUUGUUCCCCUUGUCUCGGCUGCUCCCAAGGAGCGGGAGGAGAAGCCCGAGACCUUCUCGCAGCGCGUUAUCUUCACGCCGCCCGACAACUACACCGACCCGCGCGUGCUGUACGCCCGCACCGCCCAGUUCCGGGACGGCACCCUGCUCGCGACCUGGGAGAAUUACAGCCCGGAGCCCCCUCCGGUCUACUUCCCCAUCUACCGCUCCACUGACGGCGGCUACAACUGGAAGGAAAUCUCGCGUGUCGAGGACACGGCCAACGGAUUGGGCCUCCGAUACCAGCCGUUCCUCUACAUCCUGGAUGAGUCCUUUGCCGGCUUCCCCAAGGACACGGUCCUGCUGGCCGGGAGCUCGAUCCCCACGGACCUCUCAAGCACCCAGAUCGACCUGUAUGCCUCGACGGACCGCGGCGUGACGUGGGAGUUUGUCUCGCACAUCGCGGCCGGCGGCGUGGCCAUCCCCAACAACGGCGAGACCCCUGUCUGGGAGCCGUUCCUGAUGCGCAACGGAGACACGCUCAUCUGCUACUACUCGGACCAGCGCGAGAACACGACGUACGGCCAGAAGAUGGUGCACCAGACCACCUCGGACCUGCGCACCUGGGGCCCCGUCGUCAACGACGUCACGUCGCCCGUCUACGAGGAGCGCCCGGGCAUGCCGAUCGUCGCCAAGCUGCCCAACGGCAAGUACAUCAUGACGUACGAGCACGGCGGCAGCCCCGUGCUGAGCGGCUACCAGUUCCCCGUCCACUACAAGGUCGUGUCGGAUCCCGAGCGGUUCGGCCCCGCCACCGGCGUGCCGCUCCGGACCACCGACGGCUACAUCCCGACCGGCUCGCCCUACGUCGUCUGGAGCCCCGUCGGCGGGGAGAACGGCACGGUGAUCGCCAGCGCCCACAGCUCGGCCGACAUCUACAUCAACACGGGCCUCGCCGAGCCCGGGAGCACCUGGAGGCGCGUCGCCACGCCCGAGAAGAACGCCUACACGCGCCAUCUCCGCGUCCUCAACGACCCUACCAAGCUGCUCAUCAUGGGCGCCGGCCAGUUGCCGCCAAGCACCACCAACCAGGUGGAGCUGAGCGUGAUUGACAUCAGCAACCUGUAAAGGGGGGUGGGGGGGGGGGGGGACCGGCAAAGUUCUAGAGAACAGUGGGUGGGUGCUGGAUAGGGUAGAGCGACUCCGUUUUGAGAUUUUGUCAAAAACAACACUCGUAAGAGCAAUUUCCCUCGCGGUGUUGAGAAAUCAGGUAUUGACACAGCGAAGCAUCUCUUCGUGAUGGGGCCAUGACAUGCGGUGGAACCUUCUCGUGCGGUGAUUGACGGAUCUCUAUGCAUUAUGAAGGAGUUCGCCGCGUGCUAGGUAGCAUACAAGCGGCUUAGCUCAGAGCCACGCUCCAGAUCCCCCAAGCGUAGCGGCGCAUAUCGUGUUGUUAUAUAUAGUGCCCUUGACCCCUCUCCAUAUAUUAUACAUACAUAUCUAUAAAAUAAACAAAUAAAGAAAUAUAUAAGUCAAAAUGGAAAGAAGAAAUAAUAAAAGGAAAUGAACAAAAAAGGGAGAGAGGACAGUGGGUGCAUGCAUGUCACAGCAUAUAUCGGAACCCCUUAUCCCUCUUCUUCCCGCCGCGCCCUCCUACGAGCGCCUGCUCCUCCUCUUCCCCCCCCUCCUCAUGCUCACGCUCAUGCCCACGCCCACGCUCGCGCUCCUGCUCCUCCCGAUCCCACCGGCGGUUCCACCGGCCGAGCCACCACCUCAGGCCGGCAGCCAGGAGGGCGACGGCGACCAUGGCGGCGGCGCAGACGGCCAUGCCGCGGGCGUAGUAGGGCGCGUCGCGGUCCGGGUACAGGCGGGUGCCGAGGAGGGGCCCGCACUGGCCGACGGCCUGCAGCAGGGCGAAGCCGGCGCCCCGCCGGGCCGCGCCGCCGCCGCGCUGGUUGUUGUUGUUGACGCUCCACGCGACCGUCAGCACCGCCACGUUGAAGAAGCCGAUCGCGGCCGGGUACACGGCCAGGUAGCGCACCGCCAGCAUGGCCGGUCCCGCCAAUGCCACCGCGCCCGCGCCUCCGACGCCGCCGCCCUCCGACGACGAGGAAGAGGAAGAGGAGGAGGAGGACGAGGACGAGGGAGAAGGAGGAUGGGCGAGCGCCAGGACGGUGUACCCGGCGGC